UCAGAGGGGAAUGUCGCACUUUAACUGGACCCUGGACAGUGGAACCAAUUACCACAUACUCCGCACUGCCUGCUAUCCGUAUAUGAAGUAUCACUGUAGCAAGAGGGAAGUACAGGAUCUUUGGCUGGAGGACAAGUUCUUUCGAUUCCUAAAGGUCAUCAAUUUGGGCUUACCUAUGCUAUUCUAUGGACUGGCUGCCAUUCGCCUAAUUAGCCACACAGAGAUUGUUCAUGUCAGUGAGACGGUGAAGGUUCCCAUAUAUUUCUUGUAUGCCGAGGAUAAAGGUGCCAGUUUUUGAAUUGAAUUUGUAAAAGGCCAAAAAUGAAAGGAAAACUACAGCCUUCUCAUUUAUGUAUGUACAUAUUUAUUAAAGUUUAACAAUUAUUGA